CAGUUGUCAAAGCGACUCACCGUGGUAAGUCGAGCGUGAGUUAUUAGCACACUAGUCCUCGUUGAUAUGACCAACGUGUUCCCGGGUUAAGUUCAUAACGGUGAGGUGCGAAUCCAAUGCCGCCAGGCCAUCUUUGCACUCGAAGACGGUGCUCUGGCUAACGCUUGUGGAGCUAGAACUUCCAUUGUCACUCUCCGGAGACUUGGAGUGUGCUAGAGCUAGAGCAUGCGAAUGCCAAAGAGUCCAAACAAGUGACAUCCGCAAGUGACGGUACCUUGCCCUAUACAGUAAGUUGUUGAGUGAGAAAAUGUUUGUUGCCGGCUCACUGAGAAGUGACUUGAUGUCAAUAGCGCGAAUCAUUUUACUCGGGGCAAAAUGCUUCGUGUAAACGUUUUGCAAGCAGCCCUAUGGUCACUCGCGAAAUGGCUUGCCUGUAUACUUUCGACAAAGAGCAGGGUUCGUCUUAAUCUGUUGUUGGCUUGUAAUUUUCAUAGUCGCGCUCAUACGCCGUCUGCGAUGCAGGUACAAGAUAGCGCUAUCUGUGCGUGAGCAGGCGAUAGUUGGCUGGGUUAACCGAGUCGUCGAUCCAGCACGCUCGCAGCCGUCGGACGUCAACAGGACGCCGUCCAUUACGCACCGGGCACUGACCAUGGUGUCCGCGUGCAUGUCGCCUGAGAAGGUCGACAACACAGACAUUUUGGUGAAGUUCAUGCGGUCCCAGGGCCUCGCGUUUCCCGACGAACAGUGGCUGCUGAAACGAGCCAGCUACCGCGAGCAGCUGCGCACGCUUGCCGUGUUGGCCGUCCACUGGCGGUUGCCACUCUGGUUCGACCUGAAGCUCGUGACGUCAUCACGAGGACCAGGAGAAACCAAGGGAAAGCGCAUGAUCUACGUGACGCCGUCAAGCCUGGCCUACAUGUUCAACCGGAUGCACAUUCGUUUGAUAAAAGAGGCCCUGCACGACAGUUACGCCCGCAGCGUGUCCUCGACGGUGUUCAACGACGAGACUUGGCAAGGUGGUCUCCUGGAGCGAAGCGCGUACGUCCAGUCGAGCAUUCUGGGCAACCUGAGCGAAGCGGUCUUAGAAACGACGCGCUCGUCGGCGGAGCCAUGGUUGGGCGACGUGAGGCAUCUAACCAGAUUUGUAACUCAGCUGGACCCGGACGACUGGCGGUACGCGUUCCAGUCAGCCUUUGACGCCGAAGGUGCGGCCGCUGUCUCACCGCCCAUUAGUUUGGACGACCCGGUCUUCCUCAGCGACGCCAGGCUGCUCAACACCAUCGAAUCCCUCUUGGCGGCGCACCCGCCCUCAGACAUUGCGGCCCACACGAGCUGGUGGGUUGCCCAGGUUCUGUCUCCCUUGGCGUACCAGGUUGUAAUCGACUUCGUGCGCGCUACCGAGUUCUUCGGCGCCAUGGUGCACGCGCUUAUGUGCGCCAUGCAGGUCGAGUCCGUGUACAACGUGCUUCUCGCAGUGCUCGAUCGCCACCGCCUGACGACGGAGACGCGCUCUUCGGUCGGGCUGCUCUUUGAGCGACUGCGCAGUGUGGCGAUGAGGAAGCUGGCCACCUCGUACAAUCUUGACGGCACUGUGCGAGCCACGUUUGCCGAAGUCGCGGAGACAGCGCAGGCUGUCGUCUGGCCCGAAAACAGCAGCGAUGACCGGGGAGGAGGAGGAGGAGGAGGAGGAGGAGGAGGAGGAGGAAACUUUAUUUGA